ACUGAAAAAAAACAAAACAAAAACCUCCUUAAAUUUUCAAAAACCUCUGCUUCCCCCACACCCUCCCGCUGCUUCGUUCUCCAGCUCCAUCCCCUCCCCUCAGUUUCCGUCCGAAUCGAAGCUCUCCACUGUGGAGAUCAAUCUCCGCUUCACCGCACAACCUUCACCGGGGAGCUCCAUAGGUGUAACUAAGAUGGGUCACCAAGCGGUCGACAACCUGACGAAUCUCUUCACGAAGGCGAGCCAUGACCUCACGGUGGUCCAGCACCGCCUCGAGAGGGAGUUUCAGCAGAUUUACCCCGACAAUGCUAAUCCCGGAAAACUUGUCUCCAGGAUAAAGAAAAUUCAGGACGAUCUAUCAACACUGAAAGAUCAAUGCCAAGAACUUCUUGCUGCCAAACAGGAUUUGAUUGAUAAGGCUCAGAGAACUCUUGCUGGAAAUAGAAAUUUGAUUCGAAAGAUGCAGGCAUCUGCAGGAAUACCCCUAAGUAGUGAUUAUGAUGAUCCUGCGUUUGCGAACUUCAAUCAGAUCAUUGAUGAAUGGACAGCCCAAGUUCGAUCUCGAGCAAGGGAAGAGAAUGAUGACUCUGAGUCUGAAGAUAUCAACAAGUUACUCUUCUCAACAAUCGUCUAGAUAAGUUGAAACCUUUGUAUUUCUCAGUUUGAAAACAUUAGGAAUAGAAUCUGCUGUUUCUGUCAGUUCUUAAGUUUUAGCUAUCGCCCGAUUGAUCAUGUAAACAGCGAGAUAUAAUACAUAUAUAAUCAAUUUAAUGACGAAAUAGAGAAAAGUUGUCAAUUUCAUUGCUCA